AUGUUAGUUACAAUAGUUACAGUUACUUCUCUUCCUCUUCACAACGACACAGAUAUUGAUACAGAUACCGAUAUCGAUAGUGAUACCUCACAAAACCGACACAAACACACGAUCGCCGCCCACAUGGAUUUUUUACUCAAAGACAACUCCUUUCAAGACUAUGGAAUCGAGCUAGCUCGCAAGGCGGGUUCGGAAAUCAAAACAUUCGCCACCGAAGAACUGCUGCGUCAAUGGACCGAUAACGUGGAUGAUUCAGUAGCCCCACCAGCCCCGAAGCCCAACUCGCCGCUCGUGAUGCCGUUUAUCUUACUAAUCAAAGCGACGUUCCUCGUCCGAGAUAUGGCUGUGUUCAUCACAAACACCAUCUACGUGGCUCUGGUGCUUCCUCUAGACAUGUCGUUGGUGUUUCUGCACUUUAUGGCAUCGGGAAUGGCCGGAAACACGCCCCAAUUUUCCAACAUCUUGCCGCUGCACCUCUCACGCGAUGUUCUCUGGUCCGGAGUGCCCGUCAGCACAGGACGAGGGUGCAGAGAACUGACGCUGCCCCCAUCUCUGGUCACGGUCGACUCUCAGGGCGGCCAAGUGAUCCGGGACAACUCGCGGUCUCGUGUUCGUUUCCCCUCGUCGGGUCUGAUGGGCGCAUUGACCCGAUUUUUCCGACGAGUUCCAUUUUUCUCCCGGGCUUUUCCGCAGGUUCAAAGGGUGGAGUCUACGCCGUCUGUUGAUUUCCACACAGCAAUGGGUUCUUUAAAUGAUGCACUGAACUCACAGUUGAUCCACCGUGCUGCUCCCGUCGUUGUUCAGAAGAGUAAUUAUUCCAGUUUAUAG